AUGCUUGAAGCUCAAUUAAAAUAUAUAGUCGAAAUUCUUCUUUAUAUUGAUAAGAAUAAUAUACGAUCAUUUUCAAUAAAACAAAAUGUGCAUGACGCAUAUAAUCAAUGGAUACAAUCGAAAUUAAAUAAGACAGUAUGGCAUUUAGGUGGUUGUCAUUCAUGGCAUCAAAAUGCAAAAGGUAUUGUUACAACAAUAUGGCCAGAUUUUACAUGGAUUUAUCAUUUAUUAAUGAAAAAUUUUGAUUAUCAAAAUUAUAUUUUAGAAAAAUAA